AUGAAGUUUGAUGAUAUUUUGGUGCGGUUAGGAGAGUUCGGCUACUAUCAGAAGCGGCUGUACCUACUCCUGUGUAUUCCGGCCAUUAGUACAGGCUGUUACAUGAUGAUGCUGAUCGUCGCCAUGCAAGCCCCUGAUCACAGGUGUAUGAUUGCUGGUUAUCCAAACGACACGUUUGACAUACAGAGCGAUUUCCACCGGGAACUUGUCAACGUCAGCAUCCCCUCCCCAGGGGCGGACACGUACGACAUGUGUCACACCUACUCCUAUCCCAGCUCCGUCAAUUACUCAGACCUGGAGGCGGUAGACAAGGAGCUGGCGACGAAAGUCAAGUGUAACAAAUGGGUGUUUACUAAGAAAGAAUUCGACGAAACGUUUGCAACACAGCAUGGUCUGUUGUGUGAUGAUUCCCUGAAGACCUCUCACAGCCAGAUGUUGUUCUACGUGGGAGUAUUAGCGGGCGAUCUUGGAUUUGGCAUGCUAUCGGAUUACAUUGGUCGUAAAAAAACCUUUGCGAUCACUGCCGUUAUACUGGUCGCCUCUUCUGUCAGCGCCGCCUUCGCGCCGGAAUACUACAGUUUCCUGGUGUUGGAGUUUAUAGUCGGGGCGUCCAUCCACGGUUUGUUCAUGGUCUGCUGUGUCCACGGUCUGGAGUUAGUGGGACCAAACAAGAGGAUAUGGGCAGGAAUCGUUAUCCACAUUUUCUUCGCGAUCGGACUUGUGUACUUGGCUGGAGUAGGCUACCUACUCCGGCAUUGGAAAUGGAUUCAACUAGCGGUGGCCAUUCCUUGUACCUUCUACAUGUUCUACUGGUGGUUUAUACCCGAGUCCCCACGCUGGCUCAUAAGCCAAGGUCGCUAUGACGAAGCUGAAGAAAUCAUGCAGCAUGUCGCUAAAGUUAAUAAGGUGAAAACAACUGAACGAUUUGUGGACGAGAAAACAAUAGAUGCACCAGAAGGGGGACAACUCUGGCACUUGUUUACAAAUAAAGUGUUAUUUAUCAGGACGAUGAUACUGUUUUUCAAUUGGAUCGUUGUCAGCAUGGUCUACUAUGGAGUAACAAUGCAUGCCGGGAAACUGAGCGACAACUUUUUCCUUGGAUUUUUCCUCAUGGCUCUAGUUGAAUUUCCAGCCGGUGCUGCGACCAUAGCCUUGCUUGACCGCUGGGGCCGGCAGAAACUCCAAUGCGCAUGUAUGCUUACCGCUGGCAUUGCAUGCCUGUGUACCAUAGGUCCGGUGUUGUUGGGAGGCGAUGACCUAAUGCCGUUGACCUUGACCUUGUCGAUGAUUGGAAAGUUCGGAGCUGCGGCUGCCUUUGGGGUGAUAUAUGUGUUCUCUCUCGAGCUAUAUCCAACUAUUGUCCGCAAUGGCGGUAUGGGAGCAAGUUCAUGUGUGGCACGCUUUGGAGGCAUGGCCGCUCCUUACGUAGCACAAUCGGGACAAUUGGUUGAUGGAAACUUUGGCAUUGCUCUCCCUUUGAUGAUUUUUGGUGGGGCAUCUGUCGCCGCUGGUUUGUUGGCACUUCUUCUUCCGGAAACCUUGGAACGAAAACUCCCGGAAACUAUAGAGGAUGCCAUACAAUUCGGAAAACCACAGAAAUCGCCCUCCAAAGUGACGCUUGGAUUACAUUCCUCAACAACAAGUUUCCCUUCCCAGGAAAACUUUACAAAGCUGUAA